AACAGCACAAGCACGUGAGAAAUGGAAAUCUGCAAAGGACGUUGCCAAAAAGCAUGCAACUGGGCUUCAGUCCUCACUAUCCCGCACUUUUUCCCGCAAAAAGUCCACACUGACAGAACCUAAAGCUGGAGAUUCUGCAUCUUUGCCCCCGAUGCCCUCUGGCAUGUCUCAAGCGAAAGCAAAGAAGCAAAGCAAUCUCACAAAAAUGAUGCGCGAGCUUGAGGAGAACCCUGACGGGCACGAUGGGUUUAAUGUGCAGAUUGGGGACAAGAAUCUGAAGAAACAUAAGGCUAAGCAGCUGCACACUCGCAGCCAAAUCUUCAGAUAUGCAUAUGGGGAGAUUGAGAAAGAGAAGGCUCUUCAAGAGCAGAACAAGAACAUGACGUUUUCGGGCGUCAUUUCAAUGGCCAGUGAGUUUGAGACCGUGGGAAGGCCUCCCAUUGAGGUUGUUUUUAAAGAUCUCACCCUCACCCUGAAGGGGAAAAAGAAGCAUCUGUUGAGGUGUGUAUCGGGUAAGUUGUCGCCUGGUCGUGUUUCUGCCGUCAUGGGGCCUUCUGGGGCUGGAAAGACGACGUUUUUAUCUGCUUUGACGGGAAAGGCUACAGGCUGCACCAUGAGUGGUUUGAUUCUUAUAAAUGGAAAAGCUGAGAGUAUGCAGUCGUACAAGAAAAUUAUUGGCUUUGUCCCUCAAGAUGAUAUAGUGCAUGGUAACUUAACAGUGGAAGAAAAUCUCUGGUUUAGUGCAAGGUGCAGAUUGCCAGCAGAUCUUCCAAAGCCAGAAAAGGUUUUAGUUGUUGAGAGAGUGAUAGAAGCACUUGGAUUGCAACAUGUAAGAGAUUCCAUUGUAGGAACGGUUGAGAAGCGAGGCAUAUCUGGGGGUCAGAGGAAGCGAGUGAAUGUGGGGCUGGAAAUGGUUAUGGAGCCAUCUUUAUUGAUUUUAGAUGAACCAACUACUGGUUUGGACAGCUCUUCUUCUCAGUUGUUACUUAGAGCACUCCGCCGAGAAGCUCUUGAAGGAGUAAACAUAUGCAUGGUGCUUCACCAACCCAGGUUGACCCCCCCCCCCCCAAANGAGAGAGUGAUAGAAGCACUUGGAUUGCAACAUGUAAGAGAUUCCAUUGUAGGAACGGUUGAGAAGCGAGGCAUAUCUGGGGGUCAGAGGAAGCGAGUGAAUGUGGGGCUGGAAAUGGUUAUGGAGCCAUCUUUAUUGAUUUUAGAUGAACCAACUACUGGUUUGGACAGCUCUUCUUCUCAGUUGUUACUUAGAGCACUCCGCCGAGAAGCUCUUGAAGGAGUAAACAUAUGCAUGGUGCUUCACCAACCCAGCUACACAUUGUUCAGGAUGUUUGAUGAUUUCAUACUUCUAGCAAAGGGUGGUCUAACCGUAUACCAUGGACCAGUGAAGAAAGUUGAGGAAUACUUUGCAGGCCUUGGCAUCCAUGUUCCUGAGCGCGUCAAUCCUCCGGAUUACUUCAUAGACAUCUUAGAGGGAAUUGUGAAGCUAAGUCCGAGCAUAGGGGUGAACUACAAAGAGCUUCCUCUCAGAUGGAUGCUUCACAAUGGUUAUCCCGUACCACCGGAGAUGCUGGACUCUGCCGGAUUGGCAGCUUCAGUUGGAGAGAAUUCAGCUCAUGGGGGAAACCCUGAAGCUGCUGCUGGAUCUGAUGGGACUUUUGCCGGAGAUCUGUGGCAGGAUGUGAAAUCCAAUGUUGAACAGAAGAAGGACCAAAUGCAGCACAAUUUCUUGAGCUCCAAGGACUUGUCUAAUCGGGUUACACCGGGUUUAUUUCUGCAGUAUAAAUUUUUUCUUGGAAGGAUCGGUAAGCAGAGAUUGCGAGAUGCUAGAAUACAAGCAGUAGAUUAUCUCAUUCUCUUACUUGCUGGAAUAUGCUUAGGAACACUUGCUAAAGUGAGUGAUGAAACUUUUGGAUCCUUGGGAUAUCUUUACACCGUCAUUGCUGUCUCUUUACUCAGCAAGAUUGCAGCAUUAAGAUCCUUUUCUCAGGAUAAAGUAUACUACUGGAGAGAGAGUGGGUCUGGUAUGAGCAGCUUGGCAUAUUUCCUAGCAAAGGAUACAAUUGACCAUUUCAAUACAAUUGUAAAGCCAGCAGUUUAUCUGUCUAUGUUCUAUUUCUUCAACAACCCAAGAUCUACAAUUCUGGAUAACUAUAUUGUUCUUAUCUGUCUCAUUUAUUGUGUCACUGGAAUAGCUUAUGCACUUGCCAUCUACCUCACUCCCGGUCAAGCCCAACUGUGGUCUGUUCUUGUUCCAGUUGUGUUGACUCUUGUAGCGAACCAAGAAGGUGAUCCAUUUGUGAUGAGACUGGGGGAUUUUUGUUAUACCAAGUGGGCUUUGGAAUCAUUUUUGAUAGCAAAUGCCAAAAGGUACUACGGAGUAUGGCUGAUCACAAGAUGUGGCUCCUUGAAACAAAGAGGUUAUGGUCUUGAAGACUGGUAUCCUUGUUUGGUUUACCUCAUUGUCACCGGCAUUGUCAGUCGUGGCAUUGCCUUCUUCUGUUUGAUCACCUUCCAGAAAAAAUAGACCCUUCAUCAUCAGCAAGAAAAAUCUCCACACGCGGUUUCUCUGCAAACAUAUAGCUAAAUGCCAAUGAACCGGGGGAAAGUAUUUCCUUUGUUCUCUCCUUUAGUUGUCUAAUUGUCUCUUUUGAUAUAUUGAACGAAUAUGAACAUAAUUUAUGCCAACAUUCGUUCAUUGAAUGAACGUGGACGGGCAUUGUGUCCACAUUCAUUCCGUUCUUAAUGUAUGUAGACAGAGUCAUACUAGACAAUUAUUUAAGAACAGAAGUUUGCAGGAAUCCAAGCCUUCUGCCACCGGUGAGAAUGUGGAGGGUAGGCCAGAGAGGGACACUAUCAAGUUCAACAAGACCCUAUACAUUGUAUAUGUUUUUGUGUAGUAAUCUUUUGUAAUUUUGUGACUUUUUUGUAAUCAUACCUAGAAGAUUAGGAGGUUAAUUGUAGGGAUUGUGACAAAAAAAAUAUGGAACAUGGU